AGUUGUAUAUACAGGUAUUUAUGUCACCUAAUGACUUUGCUUCAUUAACAUAAUAAAAGAGGUGUCUAUUGUGACAUUGACCUUGUGAAUCCUCUGCUAAGGUUACAUAGAUGAAAGAUCAUAGGUGUUAACAUGGAGGCUUUUGAUCCAUGGAUAUAUAAGGUAAGAGAACCCUGAAGACCUCACUUCAUUCUUGGAGACCUUCUGAACACCAUCUCUCCAGAGAGACUUUACAGAAGACCUCCGAGGGAAUGUCCUGGUUGAGCUCCUUGUUGCACUUUACAGUCAUCUCUGUGGUCCUGGGAAUGCCUUCUUCUCUACCGGGGAAACACACGAGGAUUCCUCUGGCUUCAUCAGUUCUACAUGGAAGGACACAAUCCAAGAAUAUAAAGCACUCUCCCUUCAUGAUGCAACUCUACCAGACCCUCAUCAUGGGGAACACAACAGAUCUAUCCAGCCUGGAGCACUCCGUUCUUCAAGAUUCCGACACUAUCCUUAGUCUCAGUGCCAAAAGUUGCUCUCAACUUAAAAACCAUUGGGCCUUGUCCUUCGACAUGUCCUCUAUCACAAGCAACAAUGAAAUACGACUGGCAGAGUUGAGGAUACAUCUUUCUUCACCCAAGAAAACCCAUGACGUGACCCUUGACAUCUAUCACAAUAAAGAACACGAAGGGAAGAUCUUCUUAGGCUCGAUGAAAGUUGACCUUCGUAAUGAAGGAGGAUCCACUUUGAAGGCCAUCAAUAUCACCAGAAUGAUGCAGUCUUACUUCCCCAAAGAUAAACGUUCUAAUAACAAAGAAGACACGGAGGAUAAAACAAGGUCCGAGAAUGGUCAAGAAAAUAACUGUACAGACGUGUCUACCGAUAGAGUUGUAUUGGUGGUUUUUACCAAGGACAAUCCUUCUGCCAACCUCGAUGGAUAUCCCAAUCUCAUCCAGACUGUUGAGUCUUCUAAGUAUGUCAUGGCCCCAGUCUCUGGCCAUAGGAGAUUUAGAAAGGGUAGAAAUGCAAAGCAUGGUAUGAUCAUGGCCAAUUUUCCCACCAAACCUGUUGAAGAUGGACGACCCCUGUGCAGACGAGUGGACAUGGUUGUGGACUUCGAGAAGAUCGGAUGGGGAGAACAGAUUAUCUAUCCCAAGAAGUUCUCUGCGUACAGAUGUGAAGGAGCCUGUCCUAUCCCUCUGAGCGAGAUCUUCAAACCAACCAACCAUGCCUAUAUUAAGAGUUUGGUGAAGUUCUAUAAUUCCGACAGAGUUGGUUGUUCGUCUUGUGUCCCGGUGAAGAUGAGACCAUUGUCCAUGCUGAUGUAUGAAGGAGGAAAGGUGGUCAUGAAGAACCAUGAAGAUAUGAUUGUCGAAGAAUGUGGAUGCCAAUGACAUGAUAUAACAUAUCGGCUAAAUUCCUGUGGUCUUAAAGGGGUUAUGCAGGAAUCGAAAA